UGAGAGAAGCCUGGUGUGCGAGCUGGUGAGCAGUACGCUAUUACUGGUUUAUGUUUAAGGAAUGAGGUUCAUCUAGGAUUUUUAUUAUUACAUUUCUCAGAAGGCGUUUCUCAAGGCAUCAUGACACAGGCUUUUCCCUCCAGACGGGUUUCUGUGUACAGCAUACCAGAUCCAUACCACCCUGAGCAGGCUGAUGGGCAGGAAAAUCUGUAUAUUCACUACUGCACAUCCUACCAAAAUGGCUUGCAUCAGAAGUACUAUUUCUUCAAAUGGAUGAGACCAUGUUUCUGGAGAAGAUGGCUUCUAGGAAUACUAUCUCUAGUUUCUUUAUCAGUUGCAGUAGUUGUGCUAGUCCUGCACUAUUCGUUCUCUCCAGCUUUCUCUUUAAUAUAUAUUGGUGGAAGUGUAGAAAUUCCUAAUCUGACUUACACAAAUGAUCUCAAUGAUCCCAGCUCCCAGAAAUUCCUUCUGCAAGCGGAAGCAAUCCAAAAUUAUCUUGCAGAAUCCUAUGAGUGUUCCACCUUGGGAAAGUAUUAUUUGAAGUCCAUAGUGGCUGCUUUCAGUGAAGGAGAGUAUGGACUUCGAGCUUACUACUGGAAUACAUUCUGGGCACCACAAGAUAUUACUGGCUCUCUUAAAAAGUUAAUCCCAUUGGAACAAAAAGAAAUGAGUAGUAAACAAAUACCUCACAUAUUCAGUACUUCUGGGGAAGGAGAUUUUGAUCUUGUUACAAUGGAGCUUUUUGUUUCAGAUUCUACAGAAUACGAUGUGAUGUUAAAAUCAGCAGUAUCCUUUGACCUGUAUGCAAAGCCAGGUAACAACAGAACUCUAACUCUGCUGAAUCCCAAGAAGUCUUUUUAUCAAUGGAGGUUGCGAGUUCCUCCUAACUGCGUGGUGAGACUGGUAGUUACCUCUUUGCAUGUUGUAGCUUCAGAGAGCUGUGCAUCUCACCGUUUGUCUGCAUAUGAUUUUCUUCUUCCUCUGCAGAACAAGAUCAUUACAAGGUGGUGCGGCUCUGGAGCCUGGGCUCCUCCAGUUAUACGUUUAACUUCUUCUAGUAAUGUCAUGUUACUUACCAUCUCACUGGACCGCAGAGAAGAAAGGAAUAUACUAAAAGCUCACUUUCAAGCAAUCCCUAAAAUCAUGUGUGGUGGUCAUUAUAUUUCCUGGAAUGGAAGUCUGAGUUCCCCUUACUACCCAAGUUACUACCCACCAAACAUUGACUGCAGCUGGAUCAUCCGAGCACCCUCACCUGCCUACAAGCUCUCAUUAAAAAUCCUCGCAAUACAAAUUCAAGAGAAGUCUCCAGGGUCCAGUAAAUGUGAUAAAGACUGGUUAGAAAUUGAUGGAGUUAGAUACUGUAAAGAUAUUUCAGAAAAUGGCAGAAGCAGAGAAUAUGGCUAUUCUGUUGCUAUCAACUUCCAUUCUGAUGAACUAGUCACCCAUAGAGGAUUUUAUAUUGAAUAUAGAGCCUUCAGUAACACAGAUAGUUGUACUCCAGAGCAGUUGAACUGUGAUGAUGGAAAAUGUAAGCAUCAGCAUAAGACCUGUGAAGGUGAUGAUAGCUGCAGGGAGGACAGCAGUGAAAACAACUGUUCCUACAAAAGUUGCUUGCCUUAUACUUACAAAUGUCUGAAUGGAAAAUGCUUGCUGAAACCAAAUCCUGAGUGUGAUGGGAAAAGAGACUGCACAGAUGGAUCAGAUGAAAUGAACUGUGCUUGUGGAAGACACCAGUUUAAGAAAAACAGGAUUGUUGGAGGUGAAGAUGCACAAUCUGGAAAAUGGCCUUGGCAAGCAAGUUUACAAAUAGAAGCACAUGGCCACGUCUGUGGUGCAUCUGUUAUUUCCAAGAGGUGGCUUGUAUCUGCUGCCCAUUGCUUUCUGGAUUCUGAUUCCAUAAGAUACUCUGUUCCAUCAAGGUGGAGAGCAUAUAUGGGCUUACGCACUGUUAAUGAAAAGAGCAAUCAUGUAGCUAUGAGAGCAAUCAAAAGGAUUAUUGUCCACCCACAGUAUGACCAAUCUAUCUCAGAUUAUGACAUAGCCCUGUUGGAACUGGAGACACCUGUAUUCUUCAGCGAGCUGGUACAGCCCAUUUGUUUACCAAGCAGCUCUAGAGUAUUUCUUUAUGGAACUGUCUGCUAUGUAACUGGCUGGGGAGCCAAAAAAGAAAAUAGCCAUUUUGCCAGAACACUGCAGGAAGCUAGAGUGAGAAUAAUUAAUCAAAGUGUUUGCAGCAAGCUGUAUGAUGAUCUCAUCACAUCACGCAUGCUCUGUGCUGGGAAUCUUAAUGGUGGCAUUGAUGCAUGCCAGGGAGAUUCUGGAGGUCCCUUGGCCUGCACAGGAAAGGGAGACAGAUGGUACCUUGCUGGCAUUGUGAGCUGGGGUGAAGGAUGUGCCCGACGCAAUCGUCCUGGUGUAUACACUAAGGUGACGGCACUUUAUGACUGGAUUCGUCAGAAUGCAAACUGAUGUGCCGUGGAGAAAAUGCAGGUCAUCUCCAUUACAGAAGCUGCUUCCUAUGUUAUCAUAUACGUGAAAAUGCUGCUGGCUGUUUUACUGUGAAAGAAAGCACUAUCUUAAUGCAGAAAUGAUCAUUUGUCAUUCCCUAGGGGUAACUGUUUGGAUUCAGACCAGCUUCAAAUAACUUCAGGUUCCUUAUAGAUUCAUAUGUCUUAUUCCCUACCAGCAGAAACAGGGUUCCCUUACAAAUUAAAUUUGUAUCUGGAAAAAAAAAAAAGUCCAGCCAAACUGUUUUUAUCAGAUUUUCCCUCCUUCCACCUUUGAGAUGUAUGUGCAUCUCUUUUGCUGUCUACCUUUGCAUAGGCAUACAUGGAUACUUAUGCUCACAUCCCAUAUAUACUCACAUAUAUUCCCUUACUGAUGUUACAGGAUUCUAAACAUGAGUAAUUCCUUUGUUUUUUUCAAGCUAUAAAUAAUAUGAUCAUGUAUAGUAUACAGAUUCUAGAUGAAUUUGUGGGUUAAUUUUGCUUCCACUUCAUGGCUGUUCCUUUCUGGGCUGUCCUCUCCUGUGCUUUUCCUAAAAUCACCAAAUACUUACCCAGAACAGUUAUGAUGGAAAAAAAAAAAAAGUAAAAAAAAAAAAAUUAAAAAAUGGAAGUGUCAUUAGUUUAUUGGAAUAUAGUAAAUAAGAGGAAAUAAAUAUUGAAUUUUAGUUAAUUAAACUAAAUAGAACUGCGUGUAAAAAUGCAUUGUGAAAUAUGCUUUUUUUAAAGUUCCUAAUAAAGGCCUCACAAGCUAUCAGUUCAUCAGCAAAAUGUCAGGAAUUUAGAAUACAGUCCCAUUCCUAUCAUUAAAGGCUGUGAAUACGUAUUUGUGCAUGUAACUGAUUAAGAUAAAACUGUAUAUUUGCCUUCUUUAAUAAUUGUUAAUAUCAGGGCUAUUUAUUAAUUGCCUUGUUUGACAUUAGGCUGUGAUGAAAUUACCCAAACCUGAAUGAUUUCCUUUAUAAAGGAACCGGCAGUCAAAUCUCAAUUGUAGUGCACACUGGAGUGUAAGCUGGUUUGUCUCCUACACUUGACUAUCUUUUUUUUUUUUUCCCCACCUCCAAGCAGCUUGAGGGCUCACUUAGCACCCAUGCAGAAAGUGGUAGGUAGCAACUGUAGUGGAACUGUGUUGUGUUGUAUCAGUCUUCAAACCAGCAUGACACUGGUCCCUGGGUCGUAGAAGGCCAAUGCUUCAGUGGGUGCCAGAAACUACACAUCCACCUGCCUAAAAUGAAAGGCUAGAGCUGCCUGAGGAGAGAAGGUACUACAUGAGCAAGACUGGACAAAACACACAGUGGCAUUUCUCUGGGGGCAGCUUGCAAGCAAUCUGUUUCAGGACUUCUGUUUUGCUAGGAAGUCUGUCUUGUUGAAUCCAGUCUUCUAGUAAAAACAAGCAAAAUCUUGCAGCUCUGAGACUCUCCUGAUUAACCUGGACGCCUUCCUCAGUCUUUACUGCUUUCUUAUCUUCUCUUUACACUGAGAAAAUACUUGUAGAGUCUAAUGUUUGCAAAGUAUAACAAGUGGAUUGUCUCAUCUGUGGCUUGAACAAGCUCUUUCUAUUUUGGCAUGCUUGUGGUGGGUUUGUGCUGCUUUCCUUGAUGUCCUUGGUCUGCAGUGAACUGAGUUUCAAUGUCAUGUUUUUUGUUUUGUCUCUUUUCCUGGCCAGAAGAAGGGUUGUGCCCAUAUGACCGCACUGCUCUGAAAGAGAUGAAAAAGGAAUUAAGAGGUCCUUGGUCUCAGUGAAAGUGGAGGAGGAAAUGACAGCCACACUUCUGUCAUAAGAUCAUUGUUUCAAUCUUAGCAGUAAAUCUAGCUUUGAAAAUGAUAAUCAGUUGAUGAACCUAUAAACCAAAUUUAGCUGAUUUUAAGAUUCCAAAGCUGUUUAUGAUAUUUAAUAAUUCUGGCAUUCAAUUUAAUAAAAAAUCUGUCUGCGUUUUCUAGAAGGUCUCAGAAUCAUGCUGCAUAUUUGGAAGUGUUUAGCUUUUAAAAAGGUGAAAAAGAUGAAGCUGGUAACUUGAAUAUCAGUCACACCACACUUUUUUUUUCGAAAGUACAUAAAUGUGUGGUUCUUGUUUAGUCACUGAUCUUUGGGAAAAUGUGAGAGUGAGCUACUACUGAAAUUUUCACACAGUGUGCUUCCUGUGCCUAACAGGGAUACUGCUGCUUCAUCCUUGCUGUGGUUUUGGGCAUUCCCCUCACUGCUACCCCCACAACAAUUCUUGUGACAAGCUUCCUACCUAAACAAUACUCAAAUUAUAUUCUGUAGGGGUUUUAAUAACUAUAAUGGCGUAAGUCAUUCACUUCUCUUUCAAUAAACGCAUAAUAAAAAUG